AUGGCAGGCCUCGACACGCUUACCGUCUUUAACAAGACGAUCGACAACGUGGGUUUCAUCGUCGGGGACAAUUGCGCCACCAACAAAGCCGUUGCCGACCAUCUCCACAUCCCCCUGGUUGGCUGCGCAUCCCACCGCCUGAACCUUGCUGUCCAAGCGUACCUCCAGCAGCACGAGCACCUUAUCCAGACGAUCCACGUGCUCAUGGUGCGCCUCAAGACAAACAAAAACCGCGGCUACCUGCGCCAGCAUACGCACUUGGCACCGAAGGUCCAGAACGCCACGCGCUGGACUUCGACGUUUACAAUGCUCGAGCGCUUCAUGGCGAUCAAGGACCACCUUCCGUUCCUACGCGACGUCGUCGACCUCAUCCCGUCGCCGGGCGCCGUCGUUAAGGUCGAGCAACUCAUCAUCGCCUGCAAUGAGUUUCAUGGUUACACUCUCGCGCUUCAAAAAGACGACAUCAACCUUCUUGAAGUGCGACAACUUUUCGACGAACUCAUCAAACGCUACCCCGUGAUGGCUCGGGAACUGGCUGCGAACGCUGCGAUCGUCAAAAGCCCGGUUUUCGAAGCCGCUGUCGUCAAGGUCUUAGGAAAGAAGGAGUCUCUGAUGACGGAUGAAGAAUGCGAUGCCCUCGAAAUGUUCAAGCUCCCGGUCAGCUGCAGUGCGCCGCAGCCCGUCGACACGACCCCUGUCGACCCAAGAAUGCUAGCAUUCCAUGUGCUCAGCAACAAGCGCAAGAGAUCCGAAGAAUCCGCCGGAUCCUCGUACUCCAACCUCCAGUACAUCAUCCCCACGUCCAACGUCGUGGAGCGCCUGUUCUCCAAAGCUAAGCUCGUCUACUCUGAUCGCAGACAGCGCAUGCUUCCCAUCACGCUUGAGGCCAUCAUGUUCCUAGCCACGAACAGAAACUUCUGGGACGAGGCAAUGGUCGAGGACGUGCUACGCAGCACGCCUAUCCCGGAUGUCAUCUCCAACACCGUCCAAACCGUCCUCCACGACUAG